CUGUGGGUCCCAGCUUUCACAAAAGUCCUCUUGCUGGGAACAAGGCACCAUGGCCAGCCAGUCUCAGGGGAUCCAACAGCUCCUGCAGGCAGAGAAAAGAGCCAAGGACAAGCUCGAAGAAGCAAAGAAGAGAAAAGGAAAACGAUUGAAGCAAGCCAAGGAAGAAGCAGUGGCUGAGACUGACCAGUACAGAAUGCAGAUGGAGAAGGAGCUCCGCCUGAAGCAGUCAAAGAUAAUGGGCUCUCAGAGCCACCUCUCAGAUGAAAUAGAAGAGCAGACACUGCAGAAGAUAGAGGAAACGAACGGAAGCUACAGCAGGUGUAUGGACAGCGUGAUUAGGCAGCUGCUGAGCAUGGUGUGUGACAUCAGACCAGAAGUCCACGCUAACUACAGAGCCACCAGCUGAAUGGUCCUCACACUUCCACCUAGACAGGGAUGAAGGGAGGGAGAAGUUCUGCUAAUAUUAAAGGGCUAGAGUUGUGCAUCUGAACUUUACUGGGUAUCUACCAACUUUUAUGUCACAUAUUUCAUUUAUGGCGCACAAUUAAAAUAUAAACAGCACAGUGUCAUGUC